AUGUCAUAUAGCGAAUUUGAUACUCCAUGGGUAGAAGAACCCUGGGAGUCGCCAGAGACUGCCCUCCGUGACGCCGAUGGUACCAGACUCUACGAGACUGAUGACAGUGGCCUUCUGUUCAAAAUAAUCUAUCUCAAUGACGUUCCCAGACUGAAGCAAUAUCUUCCUGUUUAUUCCCCGCCUCUUGAUAUCGAAGAUAAGGAGUUCAAUGACCCUUUCUGUGUCGCCGCGUCGCAGGGGCGCACCGAUAUUCUCCGUGUUCUCGUGGACUACUAUAAGAACGACUCAACGAAAGUGCCGCUCCAUCAGCGAAAAUUUUCAUUAUUGACGGCGGCGUGCAGGGAAGCACAGCUCGAAACGGCGCAGUUUAUCCUAGACAGUCAGCUGGCACUCAGUUCAGUCUAUAUUGACCAAGCAUACCGUGAUGAAGCACUCUUAGCGACUGCCAGGUCCCUGACUGCUUUGCCCCCCAGUGACUGCAAACAUGAGACGCCGAAUGAUUCUGAGCACUGGAGGAGCAGCCGUAUCGCUCGGGCUGAAGAAUUAAUGCGCUUACUUCUUGAUGGCGGCGCGUCUGCUCAAGCGGCCGAGAUCCCCACAACAGAAGUGGAAUGGGCGACUAUGGUACUUUUCGGAGGCUCUGUGAGCCGGCACGAUGGCGACAACAGCCAACCACUACAGUCCUUUGGUACGGUUCUCGGUCUGGCCUCCUCUGGAGCCGGCUACGCGUUGGUGAACCGACUGAUUGACCAAGGGGCCAAUGUACAUGCCAAGGAGCAGUACCAGCAUCAGCCUUCAUCUACAUUUUGGUCUGAAAUGCAGAUGCCAUGGGAUGUCACCGCACUUCAUGUUAGUAGCAUGUAUUGGAAUCUAGAGGCCAUCCAGACGCUUCUUGACCGCGGUGGAAGAACCAUCACGGAAUCACUAUCAUGCCGCGAUAGUAAUGGGCGUCUACCGCUUCACUGGGCUGCCGCGGGCCCUGGCUCAUUUGAGUGCUGGCUUUCUGACGAUAAAGUCGGGAAUCGGGUCAUUGAUGCCUUCAAACUACUUUGCUCUGGAAGCGAUAUCAAUGCUCGGGACAACCAGGGCGAGACUGCUUUACAUUACGCUGUAAGGGGCCACGCCUGCUGUGGCGGAAGCAAGCACUUUGGUACUAUACUGAGGUUCAUGUUGGAGAACGGGGCGGGCGCAGAUGUGAUCAACACCAAUGGUCAAACCGUGCUACAUAAAAUGGCCGCCCACUGCCUGGCUGGCGAUCCCAUUGACACUGCUCUGAUAGAUACUCUUUUAUCGCAGGGUGUCAAAAUCAACCAACAAGACAAAGACGGGAAUACGCCAUUGCAUCUAAUGGCCAGGAAUCUACGUCAGGUUCAAGCUACCAGAUUUCUGAUUAGUCAAGGUGCGGAUGUCUCUCUCACUAAUGGUAAUGGCAAUACAGCUUUACACGAGUGUUUGAGGAUGGGAACCAUUUUGCACAGGCAGACAAGUAACGGAAGUGUACGUCCCACACUCGCUGAUCGGACGAGAGCGCUGGAUGAGAUGGUUGCUGUCUUGCUGGAGGUAGGGGGUGAUACCAUGAUGGACCAGCCUAAUCUAGCGGGCGAGACGCCGCGACAGCUGGAGUUUAAGAAACUGGCUAUGUGGCAGAAGUUGGAGGAAGAUGCAAUCGCGAGAAAACGUUGA